AAUAUAAAAAUAAUUGUACAUAGAAAAAACAAACAUUACAGAGACACAAAGAGGAGAGAGAGAGAGAGAGAGAGAGAGAGAGAGAGCUGUACUUCAGCACAUGGCCUCGCUGCCACUGGGACCUCACCACCCCCCAGACAACCACCACCUUGACCCCUCAAACCUCGCCCCUCCUCCUCCUCCUCGCCGCCAGCCGGACAUGGACUCUGACAAGGAAAUGACAUCUACGGUUGUCGAGGGCAAUGAUCAAGUAACUGGUCACAUCAUUUCCACUACAAUUGGGGGUAAAAAUGGAGAACCUAAACGCACCAUCACUUACAUGGCCGAGCGUGUAGUGGGUACAGGAUCAUUUGGAAUUGUCUUUCAGGCAAAAUGCUUGGAAACUGGAGAGUCUGUGGCCAUAAAGAAGGUAUUGCAGGACAGGCGUUAUAAAAAUCGCGAGCUUCAGCUAAUGCGCUUGAUGGAUCACCCGAAUGUGGUUUCUCUGAAGCACUGUUUCUUUUCUACAACAAGUAGAGACGAACUAUUCUUGAAUUUGGUCAUGGAAUACGUCCCGGAGACUAUGUACCGCGUUCUGAAGCAUUACACCAAUGCAAAUCAAAGGAUGCCACUCAUCUAUGUCAAACUUUAUACGUAUCAGAUAUUUAGGGGUUUGGCCUAUAUUCAUACUGUUCCUGGGGUUUGCCAUAGGGAUGUGAAACCUCAAAACCUUCUGGUUGAUCCUCUUACCCACCAGGUUAAGCUUUGUGACUUUGGAAGUGCAAAAGUUCUGGUAAAGGGCGAAGCAAACAUAUCGUACAUAUGUUCUCGUUACUACCGCGCCCCUGAACUCAUAUUUGGGGCAACAGAGUACACAACAUCAAUUGAUAUUUGGUCAGCUGGUUGUGUCCUUGCUGAGCUUCUUUUGGGGCAGCCCUUGUUUCCUGGAGAAAGUGCGGUGGACCAACUUGUAGAGAUUAUCAAGGUUCUUGGUACUCCAACUCGAGAAGAAAUCCGAUGCAUGAACCCAAACUACACGGAUUUUAGGUUUCCUCAGAUUAAAGCACAUCCUUGGCACAAGGUUUUCCACAAACGAAUGCCUCCUGAAGCAAUUGAUCUUGCUUCACGGCUCCUUCAAUACUCACCAAGUCUUCGUUGCACUGCUUUGGAAGCAUGUACGCAUUCCUUUUUUGAUGAGCUUCGGGAGCCCAAUGCUCGUCUACCAAAUGGUCGCCCUUUGCCUCCUCUUUUCAACUUUAAACAGGAAUUAACCGGAGCUUCACCUGAGUUGAUCAACAGGCUGAUACCAGAGCAUGUCAGACGACAAAGCGGUCUGAGCUUCCCGCAUCCAGCUGGGACGUGAACAAAAAAUUGACAUGAAGUUGAAUCAAACCUUGAGCUAGUUGAUGCGUAUCAAUUAAAAGGAGCCUAUGCGGGGUUAUAUAGUCGGGUUUUGGCAUAACCGGCCCUUUCUUGCCCAACAAAAUGGUACCGUGUGUUUGACAUAGCCGGUAAUUGGGCUAUUCUUCUGUCUAUUUAUGUCAUGUUAGCUUAAAAGGAAUUCGUUUCCCCACUGCUGUAAAUUGUUUUGAUCGCAAAGCUUUCUGAAAGCUAGUGAGUACAAAUGUCUAGCUAGGCAGUUGUCUGAAGAACAACAGGAGAGCUAAGGGCUCUUUUGUAGUAUUGUACUUUUUAAAAUCUGGCGUUGCUUCUCCUUGUGUUAUCUAGUCCCUUGCGGCCGCAGUUAUAAAUUGCUUCUGAAUGUUAGUUUCCUGUUUCUCA